AUGGCUGGGUCGCCCGUUGCUGUUGCCUCUGCCGUGAUCCUUCCGGAGACAGAAGACUCGACUCCGAUUGUGCCUCCGACAGUGAAACGCAGACGGUCUUCAGAGUCUUCGCCCCAUUCUAAGAGGGCCAGACUUAGCCAAAAUGCAGCCAAGGACGACCAGGAGUCCUCUUUUCCGCGGCCGAAUCAGCUAUCCAGAGAAGAUCGAUUGAACGAGCGUCGUAAGACUGGGCCGCUGGAGGAACGCAAGCGCGGGCAAAGAUUGUUUGGCGCUCUGCUCGGCACUUUAUCCCAGAGCUCAUCAUCGACAGCAUCAAAGCGCCGCGCAGAUAUCGAGGACAAGCAGCGGACUAAAUUGAAACAGCAGAAUGAAGAGGAGAACGAGAAAAAGAGAGCAAACAUCGAAGCGAUAAUUGAAGUCCGCCGGCAAGAGCAGAAGAUAUUCGAUCGGCAGUCGAUGAGACUGCGGCAUUCUAGAGCGCUUGCGAAGGCACAUUAUCUGCAGACGAAAGCGGAGCCAAAGCUUUAUUAUAAGCCAUGGGAACUCUUGCCAGACGAAGAAGCGAAGAUUAAGGCGCAGAUUAAGAACGUCGAGGAGACUAUAGGUGACGAGGACAGACGUCUAGUUGCAGAUCAUCCACCUAGCGCGAUUGCGCAGAGAGACACACAAGACGGAGAAGCACAGGAGCCAAACGAAGACACGGUCGAAGACACGGUCGAAGAUGACGCUAAGGAUGAUGGUAAGGAAGUUGACACUGAUAUAUCCAAGCAUUCCGAACCCUUUAGUACUAACGAAGAUGACAUUGCUAUGCAUGACUCACAACAACAGCAUCUGGAGGAUCAAGCAGAAACAGCAAAAGACACGGCAGAAGAUGGUGGUGAAAUGGUCGAAGGAGAGGAGGACACGAAGGUGCAUGGUUGGCCGGACUUGGCCGUCGGAUGGCGCUAUCAGAUUCCAAUGCUCACCGGAUCCGGCUAUCAAGUGAUCGCCCCUGACUGCAUCGGUUACGGAGGCACUCAAGUUCCACGAGUACCGCCGGCCGCUAUCGAGAGCUACAGCUGGAAGAGUCACGCACAAGAUAUCCACGAACUUGCAAGGCAGCUUGCCUUAGGGAGGGUCAUACUUGGUGGGCAUGAUUGGGGCGGUUUGAUCGCUUACCGAGUAGCUUUAUGGUUUCCUGAGCUUGUUACUCAUGUAUUUUCGGUUUGCACUCCCUAUUUCGCUCCGACCAAGACUUUUGUUUCGAGAGAAAAACUUGUGGAACAAGGGAUGAAGAAUCUCACCUACCAAAUGCAGCUGAAAAGCGGCAUUGUGGAGGAGCGUAUUGUCACCAGAGACGACAUUAAAUCGAUGCUUUGUGCAGCGUAUGGCGGGAGAGGCCCAAACGGCGAGUAUGGGUUUGAUGUGCGAGUCGGGUUCCUGUUCAACAAUUUGCCCAAGAUCAAGACAACACCAUUGGUUGAUGAGAAGACGAUGGAUCACUACGUUAAUGAGUUCGCCAAGACCGGUGUACAUCAAACGAGUGAGCUGAGAUGA